AAGGAAAAAGGAACGAGGUUUCCUAAAAAUGUCUUGGUAAGAUGUCACCAACCCAACAAAGGUGAAUAUAGGUCAUGCUCUUUUGCUAUAAAGUGUAAUUAUAAAUACUAAGCUAAUCUAAGUAGAUAUAAGAUACUCAUUAUUCUCAGGCACCCUCCAAUCAAGAUACACUUGUGAAACAAUUUGCCUAUAUUCUUGUGCCAUCCCAUCUUCCAUUUAAUCAAAAAAACCAUGUCAAAUAGCACUACACUUAUAUCUGCAGUGGCAUCUCUUGCAGCCUCAGCUAUGCUAAUCCGAAGCAUUACCAACGAUUUCAUUCCUCUUGAAAUCCUAGACUUCUUUUACUCCAAAAUUUAUUAUCUUUCUCGUCAAUUUUCCUCCCAACUUACCAUUAUCAUUGAAGAAUUUCAAGGGGUGUCUAGAAAUCAAGUGUAUGAGGCUGCAGAAGUCUAUCUAGGCACUAAAGCCACUCUCUCAGCUCUAAGAGUUAAAGCAAGCAAAUCCGAGGAUGACAAAAAGCUUGCAUUCAGUGUAGAUAGAGAUGAAGACAUUAGUGAUGAUUAUGAAGGAGUUCAGGUGAAGUGGAAACUUAGCUGUGAGAUUCUUGAGCCUUAUGGCAGUAGACAUUCUAAUGAUAGGAAUGCCAAUUUUAAGUCAGAAGUGAGAUCCUAUGAGCUAAGCUUUCACAAGAAACACAAGGAGAAGAUAUUCAAUUCAUAUUUGCCAUAUGUGUUGGAGAGAGCCAAGGAUAUCAAGCAGGAGAACAUGGAAGUGAAGCUCCACACAAUUGAAUAUGAUUGCUAUUGGAAUGGAAAUAGUGUCAAAUUUAGCCACCCCAUGACUUUCAAAACUCUGGCAAUUGAUGCAGAGCUCAAGAGGGAAGUGGUGAGUGAUUUGGACAAGUUUGUGAAAGGGAAAGAGUUCUAUAAAAGAACUGGGAAAGCUUGGAAACGUGGUUACCUCUUGUAUGGCCCUCCAGGCACUGGCAAGUCUAGUCUUAUUGCAGCCAUGGCCAAUUAUCUCAACUAUGAUAUCUAUGAUUUGGAUCUCACCAUUGUCACUAAUAACAAUGACUUAAAGAAUUUGCUCCUAGGCAUGUCCAACCGUUCCAUACUUGUGUUUGAGGACAUUGACUGCUCCAUAAAGCUGCAGAACCGAGAAGAAGAAGAAGAAGAACAAAAGAAAGGAGAUAAUAAUAAAGAGAGUAAGGUGACACUUUCAGGGCUCUUGAAUGUAAUAGAUGGCCUUUGGUCAUGCUGUGGAGAGGAACGGAUUAUUAUUUUCACAACCAAUCACAAAGAAAGGCUGGAUCCUGCUCUGCUGAGGCCAGGGAGGAUGGACAUGCACAUCCACUUGUCAUACUGCACCUUUUCUGCUUUCAAACAAUUGGUCCUCAACUACCUUGGCAUUUCACAACACAAACUCUUUGAACAAAUUGAGGGGCUUCUAGGAGAAGUGAAUGUGACACCUGCAGAAGUUGCGGGAGAGCUAACAAAGAGCUCUGGUACUAGAGAUCCCCUCCAAGACCUCGUCAAUUUCCUCCACAGCAAGAAAAUGGUGGAGAGCGACACUAUAAUUGACCAAUGUUAGAAUUGAGACUUUUCUUGUUAUUUUGGUAUUAAAAUAUGUUGUUGUUAUGUUUCUGAUAUAAGUUAGUAUUAGUCAACAUGUAGUAGGUGAAAUUGAAUGAAAGACCUUGUUUUAAGGGAGUGAUUAAGCUAAGUCAGUAUGGGGUGUGUUGUGUUGCUUGUAACUUAGUAUUUUCACCAACUACUAGUCACUUAUGUAUGCUGGAAAAACCAGAACAAAAAUACAAUUCUAUCUUCCACCAUUUUCUGUUGGUGGUGAUCUUUCUCUUA